AUGGCAAAAUCAAAAUCCCAAGCAGCAUCAAGAGAUAGAAUUAGCAACGUACCAGACUCAUUGCUUCAACAUAUCCUCUCUCUUCUUAAUACUAAAGAAGCCAUUUCCACAAGCAUCUUAUCUAAGAGAUGGAUUUCACUUUGGAUUGGAUUGCCCACUCUUGACCUCGACGCCAAAUCCUUUUGUCAUUGUCGUUUUGGAUCCUUCGAACGUUUUGUAGACAAAGUUCUCAUCUCCAAUAAUGAUUCCACAACCAUCAAGCUACUUCGUCUCAAUUGUGUUGAUUAUUACUAUCUAGACGAUCGUAAGAUCGAUGGUUGGUUUAAAGCAGCUAUAAACUGCAAAGUUGAGCAAAUAGAGCUAAGUGUUCCAUACUUGUUUCAAAUUAGUGUUCCUUCUAACAUUUGUCUGCAGUCCCAUUAG